CCGAACCGAAAUAAAAUUUUUUUUUCCAAAACCAGUCAAUGAGAAGAUUGUGAACUGUAUUGUUAGUAAAUAACUUUAAACGCGCUUCAAAUAAAAAAAAAGUGAAAAUUUCAGCAAAAAAAUAAAGAAAAAGAAAAUUUUUUAAAAGAAACAAAAAAAUUCUUUAUGGAAUUUGUGUUUUUUGUUCUUUUAUUGUGUCAAAAUUGUGAAAAGAAAUUGAAAAUUGUUUCAAUAAAAAUGUAAAAUUUAAUUUUUUAAAAAUAAGUUUUUUUUCCUUUGGUUUAUUUUGAAGUAAUAAAGUGGUUUACAUGUUCUUCUGUUCAUUGAUAAAGGAGAAUCUUUAGUUGUGUGUUGUCAAAGAAUUUUUGAUGCAAGAUGAAAAAAAAAUUAAAGGAAAAAAUUUAUUACAAAUAGUAUUUUUAAGUGAAAAAUAAAUAAAAUGCCAAAAAAUUGAUGAUUUAUAUAAAAAAUAAAAGAAAUUUGGUAUUUAUAUAAAGAAAAAAAGUAAAAAAUUUAAAAAUUAUAAUUGCAUUUCCCGAAUGAAUUUAUUGGAUUAAAAAAAAAGUGUUUAUAAUACAGGAAAAUGACUGAAAGGAAAUUUACAAGAGGCCUUAUAAAGCCGGGUAUGGCGGCUCAAUUACGUGAAACUGUUUCACAAGUAGUUCGUGAAAGUGCUGUUCUUAAUAAACCGCUUCUCGUUGAGCCAAUUGAUUUCGAGAGUUUUGUACAAAAGAAUAAAACGCUCAUUCAAAAUGAUCCUCAAAGGGAACUUUUAUUAUUUCCGAAUGAUGAUGUUUCGGAAGUGGUAUUACCUCGCAAAUUUCGUACAGUUUCUAGUACAAUCCCGCAAAUAAAUUUAACAAUAACUAAAACAACAGUAACACAUCAUCAGUUUUCAAUUAAUUCAGAUAAAAAAUCAAACGGAAGUCCAUUUAGUAAUGGUGACAGUAAUAUACGUCAACCAUCAUCACCUACAAAUUCACAAAAAUCCAAUGAUGAUAGUGAAACAACAAAAUCAUCAAAGUCAACGAAAUCUUCAUCAUCAAACGGAUCAACAUGUGGCAAGUCUGCAAUUCUAAAUACAUCUGGUACUUUAUUAACGAGGCAAUCAUUAUUUACGUACCAAACAAAUAAUCAUUUGAUUCAUUAUAAAUACAAAUCAUAUAGUGGAUCUGUCCAUGAUCUUCCUAGGUUAUCACCAGGUGAAGAACUAAAAGAACAGGUUUAUGAAAUUGAUGUUGAUCAAGGACAAAUCGAUGAAGAAAUGACAAGAUCUCAAGCUGAUACCAUUACUAAACAGGGAUAUCUAUUAAAAGGACCAGAAACAAAUUCAGAUCGAAUGUUUGCUCAUAUAGGAUCAAAAUCAUUUAAAAGAAGAUAUUGCUAUCUAAGACAAGAAGUUGAUGGCACUUACAUUUUAGAAUUGCAUAAAGAUGAAAAACAAGGGGAAGCAAAAGCAACAAUUGUAAUGGAUUUUUGUACUGAAGUUGUUCAAAAUCCAAAACGUGGUAAAUUUUGUUUUGAAUUAAGAAUGACAGCUGGUCAUAAAUCGUUUACAUUGGCAGCAGAAAAUGAAGAUGACUUUAAGGAUUGGAUUGGUAAAUUAUUAUCAGUAUUACAGCAAAAUAAAAUUCAAGAAGAGAAACGAGUUGCAACACUGGAAAGAGCUCCUUCUCCGCCUCCACAUCCAAGUCCUAAUAAUACAAUGGUUUUUGGAACUUUAAAAGGUUUAGAACAAAGUAUGAAUCCUCAGUUGAUAAAGUAUGGCCGUGAGACUGACAUUUCAAUAGCUCAAGCACGCCGUGAACAUCGUCGUCGAUUAUUUGCUAAUUGCCAAACUCAUACAAAAGCUACUAUAUCAGAUCAUAUUGAUCAGUACCGAGAACAAUUCGGACAGAGAAUUUUAAUUAAAUGUAAAAGUUUAAAAUUUCGUUUACAAAAUCCCAUUUACGAGGAUGAUGAAGAAAUUUUUACCCAAGUUGAACCAUAUAUAACUAGUUUAGCAUUGUAUGAUGUCAAAGCUGGCAAAAAAUUAACAGAAAAUUUUUAUUUCGAUUUGAAUAACAACGAAGUACUAGAUAUGCUACCACAACGUACAAUGUCGAAUGGUCAUCGAAAAAGUGAAAUCAAUGGUUCUAUUAAUGAAGAAAAUCAUUUAGACAAUAGCCCAUCCAAUGAUUUGAAAAAACUUCCAAACGAUUGGUUAUCAUUUCCGAAAAAUGCUAUACUUAGUGUAACUUUACCUCAUCCCGAUAUAUUUUUAGUAGUUAAAAUUGAAAAAAUUUUACAAGGCGGUAUUAAUCAAACAACAGAACCUUAUAUAAAAGCUGGAAAGGAUCCAAAAUUAGGAGCAAAAUUGAAUAGAAUUGUAAGAAAUUAUAGCCAAAAAAUUGGAAAUUACCGUAUGCCAUUUGCAUGGGCAGCUCGCCCCUUAUUUCGAUUAUAUAGCAGCGAUUUAGAUAUGACAGAAGAAUUUCCAGCAAUUUACCGACAAGAAGGCAAUAAACUUAAAGAUGAGGAACUCUUAAAAUUACUUUCUGAAUAUAGAAAACCGGAUAAAUUUAGUAAAUUAACUGUGAUACCUGGAUGUCUUAAAAUUAGUAUUGAAAUUUUAAAUGAACUGCCAAAUAAUUGCUUAACAUCAACCCUAGCACCACUUAAGCCAUUUCCGUUACCACCACAGCGAGAUCCAACAAUUGAAAUAUCAGAAUUUUUGGGCACUUAUGAAAGAGAUAUUCACCCUUUUACAACAUUUGUUAACCACUUAUAUGUUUAUCCGAUUUCCUUAUUGUUUGAUAGUCAAAAAUUGUUUUCAAGGGCACGAAAUAUAACUGUUGUAAUAGAACUAAGAGAUAGUGAUGAUGAAAAUUCAGUACCAUUAAAGUGUAUAUAUGGUCGACCCGGACAAAAUCUCUUUGUUGAUAAAAUUUCAUGCCCUGUCAUACAUCAUAAUGCGAAUCCAACAUGGUAUGAGGAAAUAAAAAUGCGGCUUCCCCUUCAUAUAACACCACAGCAUCAUAUAUUAUUUUCAUUUCUUCAUGUUUCCUGCAAUCUUUCCAAAAAACGUGAUGCUUAUGCUGCCUUCGAGACACCUAUUGGUUAUUCAUGGCUACCAUUAUUAAAUAAAGGAAAAAUCAAUCUUGAGGAACAAAUUAUUCCGGUCGCUGCUUCACUUCCAGUUGGUUAUUUAGCUAUUCAGCCUCUAGGAUUAGGAAAAGGGCAGAAUUGUGGACCAGAAAUUCAGUGGAUUGACAAUCAGCGUCAACUUUUUACUGUUGCUUUUCGAUUGGAUUCGACAGUGUUGACAUCAGAUCAACAUUUACACAAUUUGUUUGCCCAUGUAGAACGUUUAAUGGAACAAUCAAAAAUGCACGCGAUUCCAGCAAUAUCAGAAACAUGUAAAAUUUUAAAAGCAGCUCAUGCAAUACAAAUAUCAUCUUUAAUAGCUUUUUUACCGACGAUAUUAAAUCAACUUUUUACCCUAUUAGUUAAUACAACUAAUGAAGAAAUAGGAUUAAAUAUCAUUCGUUUGUUAAUUAAUAUAAUUCAUAUGAUUAUUGAAGAAGCUGGAAGGAAGGAACUUCUAUUUUCUUACGUUAAAUACGUUUUCUACACGCCCAAUUUUUAUAUAAAAAGAGAUAAUAGUCGUCCAAUUACAGUUCAUGAAGAAUUAUGCCGUCAUUUACCAGAUAUCUUACAUCCAAAUAAUACUGAUUUUCUUAUUGUUAAUAAAUUUAUGAAAUAUUCGAAUAUAUUUUUUGAUAUUAUAAUUAAAAGUAUGGCUCAGCAUUUGUUGGAUUCAGGUCGUAUUCGAAUGUUAAGAAAUGAAAGAUUCCCAAAGGAAUAUCACCAACGAAUUGAAUCUCUUCUGAGAAUAUUGGUUCCAUAUAUUAUUCAGCGUUACAAAGAUUUGCCAAUUGAAACUCAACAAUUAAACAAAUCUCUUUCACAAUUUAUUAAACGGUGCUUAUCGUACAUGGAUCGCGGUUUCAUUUUUAAACUAAUUAGAUUUUACAUGGAACGUUUUUCACCGGGGGACCCCAGAAUACUUCAAGAAUUCAAAUUUAAUUUUUUACAAGAAUUAUGCCAACACGAACAUUAUGUACCGCUCAAUUUACCUUUUCUUUUAAUUGCCAAAAAUCGAUCAUCAGAAUUGAUAUCACAUUUUACUCUAUCAGAAGAAUUUUGUAGACAACACUUUUUAGCUGGUUUACUAUUACAAGAAAUUAAAAGUAGUCUCAAUGAAAUCGGAUGUGUUAGGCGUUAUGCAUUAAAUAUUUUAAAAGAUUUUCUGGCUAAGCACGAGUUAGAUGAUCGAUAUCAAAAUAGAGGACAAUUAUCACGAAUUGCUUUGCUAUACAUACCACUUUUAAGUAUAAUUAUGGAGAAUUUGCAAAGAUUGUGCACAGAUUCUGAGGUUAAAAGUCCAGUUUUUGCUAAUGGAUACGAUUCAGUGUCAAUGAGUAAUCGAAUGUCAUGUAGCAGUAGCUUUGUUUUAUCUGCCAAAGAUUAUUCUGCAAUAAAUUCAGUUGGAAGUACUCCAAAAACAAAAAGCAGAUUAACAUUACAUUUUGAUCAUCCUAGUCCAAUAAGGGCAUCAAUGCAUUUGAAGGAUUCUAAUUACCUGGCUGCUAUCGCUGGACAAGCCGUUAUGAAUAAUAUAGAAAGGUCAACACAAUCAUUAUGCUCUCAAAUUUCCGAUAACUCGCAAGAUACACACACAUUAAAUAACGAAUCGCCGCCAGCAGAAGUUCAAAUGCGUAAUGGAAGUGUGGGACAUACAAGGUCUGUCAGUGUUACGCAAGCAAUUCAAAUGCCUCGUUGCGACAAAUUUUCUUUAAAUGAAACAAAAGAUCUCUUAACGUGCUUUUUAUUUGUUGUUAAACAUCUCUCACAAGAUCAUAUGAUUGCGUGGUGGGAAAAUUGUACUGAAAAUGAGAUAAUAGCAUUUCUUACUAUACUUGAUUCAUGUUUAAUUAACUUUCGUUAUGUUGGCCGCAAGAAUAUCAUUUUAAAUGACGGAAAAGAUUUUCAGAGGUCCAGAGCAGCCAAGGCAAGUACGUUACCGGCUCGUAUAGCAUCUCCGGCUAGUGAAAGCUGUCUUUCCGGUUUAGAAACAGGAACUUUAAAUUUGACAAAUCGGGAAAAUCUUCUUGAAGAAACUGCUCGGCAUCACCAAGCUUUGUACGAAUCAAAUUUAGCUACAGAAGUUGGGAUGAUUAUUUUAGAUUGUAUGGGAUUAUAUUGUAUACAAUUUCGAGAGAAAUUAAUUGAAAGCCAUAGCUUACCAAAAUUAGCAAAAGUUUAUUUACGUUACUUACAAUUAGGUCAAUCAGAAUUUUUAUCGAAACAUGUAUUUGCGUCUCUUCGAGCUUUUAUUAAUAACUUUUCACCAGCAUUGUUUAAAGGAAGUGCGAAUUUAUGUCGGCAAAUUGUGUAUGAAUUGUUAAAAGCCUGUGAUAGUCGUUUAGUUACAAUAAGACAUGAAUCGUGUGCCGUCCUUUACCUGUUGAUGAGGUCAAAUUUUGAAUUUAGUGGUCGUAGAUCAUGCACUCGAGUUCAUUUACAAGUAAUUAUAUCAGUUUCACAAAUGAUUGGUAAUGUGAUUGGAUUGAAUAACGCCAGAUUUCAAGAAUCACUGUCCCUAAUAAAUAGUUAUGCUACAAGUGACAAAGUUAUGAAAGGAACCGCUUUUCCUGUGGAAGUCAAGGAUUUAACAAGGCGUGUUCGAACGGUACUGAUGGCCACUGCUCAAAUGCAAGCACACCAUAUGGAUCCAGAGCGUUUACUUGAACUGCAACAUUCUUUAGCGAAUUCAUAUGCCACAACUCCUGAGUUACGGCAUACGUGGCUCAUAACCAUGGCAAGAAAUCAUGAACAUAAUGGCAAUUUAUCAGAGGCAGCCUGCUGUUAUUUACAUAUUGCUGCUCUAAUGGCGGAAUAUUUGAAAUUAAAAGGUGACGAUUGCAUUAACUGGGGAGCUGAGGCUUUUCAAUGCAUAUCUAAAAACAUUCCACGUGACGAGAAAGGUUUAAAACUUGAUUCAGGUUCUCAAGACUCCCAGUAUAAUAGCCAAAUUUUAUUGGACCAACUAAAAGAUUGUGCAAUAUAUUUAGACAGAGCUGAACGUUUUGAAUGCCUUGGACCUUUGUAUAGGCUUAUUGUUCCGAUAUAUGAAAAACGUCGAGACUAUUUAAGUUUAGCACACAGUUACGAGCAUUUAAUGCAAGCUUAUAACAAGAUCAUUGAAGUUAAUCGAACUGGAAAGAGACUCUUAGGAAGAUUUUACAGGGUCGUGUUCUAUGGCCAGAUGUACUUUGAUGAUGAUCAUGGUAUUGAAUAUGUUUAUAAAGAACCAAAAUUGACAUCUCUAAGCGAAAUAUCAGAAAGACUUCAACGUCAGUAUAAAGAUAAAUUUGGUGCUGAUGUUGUAAAAAUGAUUAUGGACUCAUCUCCAGUUGAAGCAAUUGAACUAGAUCCUAAAGUAGCUUAUAUUCAAGUAACACAUGUUCUGCCACAUUAUUGUAAGGAUGAAUUAGAGAUACGACAAAAUGAAUUUGAACAAAAUCAUGAUGUUGACACAUUUAUGUAUGAGACACCAUUCACAAAAUCUGGUCAAGCAAGAGGAAACGUUCAAGAUCAAUGGAAGAGGAAAACUAUUAUAAGAACGGAGUAUUCAUUUCCAUAUUGUUUAAAGAGAAUUGCAGUAAAAGAUCGUGAAAUAAUUGAACUUAGUCCAAUUGAAGUUGCUAUAGAUGAAAUGCAAACAAAAGUUUCCGAAUUGGAAGAAACAAUCUUACCACCGGCUGAUGUAAAGAAAUUACAAUUGAGACUACAAGGUAGUAUUGCAGUACAGGUUAAUGCAGGUCCGUUAGCCUACGCUCAAGCAUUUUUAGAGUCUAAAGUAGUUGCCAAUUAUAAAAAAGAUUGUGUAGAAGAUUUAAAGGAUAUAUUUAGGGAUUUUGUUGGUGUGUGUAAUACUGCAUUGCAAUUAAAUGCUAGAAUGAUUUCAAAUGAUCAAAAGGAAUAUCAUAAUGCUUUGGCAGACAAUUAUCGAAAACUUUGUACUGAUUUAAGUGAACUUCUGGAUGAACCUUUGAUUCCGUUAGAAGACAAUGCAAAUUCGCACAGAAAUAGUGUGGCUCUAUUUAAUGCUAUUAGCGGAGCAGCAAAUAAUUCAAGUACUGCUUAAAUAUAAAAAUAUUUUCCAAAUAAUAUAAUUACAUAAUAUGUCAAAAUUAUUUUGUAUGUAUUAUAUAGCAUAAAAUCAUGGUACAUAUAUAUUUAUAUAUACAUAUAUAUAGAAGUACAUAUUGGUGUAUAUACGUAACACAAAAAAAAGUAACAUGUGAUCAUUUUUAUACAUUAUUUAAGAUAUAAUCUAUUUGUAUGUAUGUAUAUGUGUUUAAAAAUAAUUUUGAAAUUAAUAAUAAACUAACAUUAUUAAUCCAAUACUUAAUAAAAAAAAUUUUGUUAAAUGAGUUAUUUUAAACAAUAUAAAAAAAAUAAAAUAUUAAUUCAUUAUUACCAAAAUGAAGAAAAUAAUGGCCAGUAGUUAUGAUUACUAACUUUACAAUAGUACUAGAACUAAAGUAGAACAAUACGGACAUAUGGGUAAUAAACACUCACAACAAUUGAUUAUUUUAAUCAAUUGAUUAUUGUAUUGGUAGUACUUUUAAAUUCUUUUCAAACAAAAAAAAUAUAUGUACUCUUAAAUUUUUUAUAUUAUAUGCAUUACGCACAAUAACUAAAUUAUUUUGAUAAAAUAAAUUGUAAAAUUAUUGAAAAGUAUUACUUCAUGUAAAUAAAUUUAUCGAAUUUGCAUUAGAUUUAGUUGCGUACAAAAUAUGAAUAUAUUUUUUUUUAUUUGAGUAACUGCUAUUUUCUGAAUUAAAAGAAUUGUAACUUUCAUUUCUAGAAAAUUGUUUAAUUUUAAAUUUAAAAAAACUUAUUUUUGAAAAUUUUAUACUAACAUGUGAUCAUUUUUACUUUUUAUUGGUUUGUGUUAUUAAUUGGGAUGGAAUGCAAUUUAUAAAAAAAUAUUUCGAUAUAUAAUAUUUGUGCAUUAGGAAUUUGGUUUCUGAAUUUUAGUGCUCUCAAAACAAAGUGAAUUCAAAUUAUAUUUAAUUUGUCACUGCCUUUAGAUAUGAUCAAGUUUAAUAAAAAAAUAUAUAAAAACUAAGCCACAUCUAUAUUUAAGCAUCAGUUAGUACUGUUG